AUGGUUGAACUACGCAAGCGCAAGACACCCCCGCCAGCUCCGGCGCCAGCACCAAAGAAAGAGCGCAAGACAAAGACAACCAAAGCGAAUGGAAAGUCCGAGACUGCUGCUGAGCCUGCCGCCGAGCCUGCUGCGCCAGAGCCGAGUGCUGUGCCUGCUGCCGCGCCCGAGCCAGAAACCAAGGCUGCCUCCGGCACACCCAAACCUGGAGACAAGAUUGAUUUCGAUGGCUUUGGUGGUGAGAUUGAGACCAACGACGGUCGCAAGGUGACGCUCAAGACGCUGGUCGACGAGAGCAAAGAAGGCAUUGUGCUCUUCACCUAUCCCAAGGCGAGCACACCAGGAUGUACGUCUUCUUUGACCCUGAGAAAAGACAUGGCUUCUUUCCUGGCUCGGGACUCGUAUGAGCCUUUGACGGCAGCUGGACUCAGCAUCUACGGUCUGAGUACUGAUUCGCCCAAGGCCAAUACGACUUUCAAAGACAAGCAAAAGCUUCCAUACCCUUUGCUAUGUGACCCUUCAGCCUCGCUAAUUGGAGCAAUCGGGCUGAAGAAGGCACCCAAGGGCACUACACGUGGAGUUUUCGUUGUCAAGAAAGACGGCGAGGUUCUAGCAGCUGAGCCUGGUGGCCCAGCAGCAACUCUUGAGGUCGUCAAAGGUGUUGUCGCGAAGAUGGGCGGCUCCGGUGUCGGAGAGAAGGCUGAAGCCAGAGCCGCUGAAGCCGAGAAAGAGGAAUCCAAGGGCGCUGGCGAGGCUGCAGCAAAGUUGUAG